AUGUUGGAUAUCAUUGAACAAAGGGAACGACAGUAUGGUAACAAAAGAAAGAUGGCUGGCCAGUGGUUCAUGAUUCGCAACAAGAUGAAUGGCCUUGUCUUGGACAUUGAGAGCAACAAUACAGAACCAGGUGCUUCUAUCGUCAUGUGGACACCAAACUGCAGUGAUAACCAGCUUUGGACCGUUGAAAAUAACCACAUCAUCAGCAAGCUGAGUGGAAUGGCCAUAGACAUUGAAGGAGGCAACCCCACUCAAGGGACGAGGAUUGUCACAUGGCAUCAGGAAGACAAGGAAUGGCAAAAAUGGAGCUUCGAGGGAAGUGGAGCACUCGUUAGUCAGUUAGGUGGCGGAACACUUUGCCUUGAUGUAAUUGACCAGCAAAUGGAACCAGGAUGCAAAGUGGGUAUCUGGAACCACAAUGGUGGAGAGAACCAACAGUGGGAAUUAGUCCUUGCCCCAGGAUGCUUUUAAUCUCCAUGGUGAUCGAACUAUACAAGUAUAACCAUCAUGUAACAUUGAACAAUACCACAGCAGCUAUACUAAUAAACUUUAUUACCAAAUGGCCUAACAUUUCAUGUAAUACCAGUGAAGAUUUAAGGAAUUACGUUUCAAUGUAUUGUUAAUGACAAUGAUUAAAAUUACAACCUAUGGGAUCUGAGUGUUUAAAAUGGUCAGGAGUUCAUACGAUUUUGUUAAACUGACUUGUUAACACACUUUUGAUAAAAUACAAUAGAUAUUAACAUCGCCAUCUUUCUUAGAAGCAGCAAACCUAUUUUCAUAAACUGUUCUUUGACUAUUUGAUUUAAUAAAAAUCAUGGCAUGUUUAAUAAG